AGAGGCCUUGUAGGCACAGCGGCUGAGACUCGAUCUGCUCCAAGUAGGGGCUCCAGCGCGGGUCGGAGUCUGGGGGUUCGCGCCCGCCGACCCACGCCCUGCUCCCUCUCAGCACCUGGGCCGACGGUUUGCUAGGAGUGCACGAAUCUUCCUGAUGUCCCAGUCCCUUGGUGGGAGCUGUUUCUCCUGGCUUCAUGUAGUCAGCCAUCUUGGAGAGUCCUCCACUCUGAAAAUUUUUACCUUGAUGCUCUAAAUCGAAUCACAAUGUUAAGAUAAAUGACCAUUAAGAAGUAGAUGCCCAGAUGCAAAAGUGAUGAAACAGUCCAUUUGUCAUAAAGUAAGAUGCAGCUGUGGCGUGUCAACCAGCUUGGAACAAAAUUGUAUCUGUUUUUCUCAGAAGAGAAUUCCACAAGGUUAAGUCAGCAAACAAAGAAAACAUGGUAUUUUGAAAUAUGAUUAAACUCCUGAUGCUGCAGCAGAGGCUAAGAAUAUUAAUGGCCAGAUCUAGUGCACACAUGGUCUUCUGAAGAAGCCAUGGGUAGCUGCUGUAGCUGUCCAGAUAAAGACACUGUCCCAGAUAACCAUCGGAACAAGUUUAAGGUCAUUAAUGUGGAUGAUGAUGGGAAUGAGUUAGGUUCUGGCAUAAUGGAACUUACAGACACAGAACUGAUUUUAUACACCCGCAAACGUGACUCAGUAAAAUGGCACUACCUCUGCCUGCGACGCUAUGGCUAUGACUCGAAUCUCUUUUCUUUUGAAAGUGGUCGAAGGUGUCAAACUGGACAAGGAAUCUUUGCCUUUAAGUGUGCCCGUGCAGAAGAAUUAUUUAACAUGUUGCAAGAGAUUAUGCAAAAUAAUAGUAUAAAUGUGGUGGAAGAACCAGUUGUAGAAAGAAAUAAUCAUCAGACAGAAUUGGAAGUCCCUAGAACACCUCGAACACCUACAACUCCAGGAUUUGCUGCUCAGAACUUACCUAAUGGAUAUCCCCGAUAUCCCUCAUUUGGAGAUGCUUCAUCCCAUCCUUCAAGCAGACAUCCUUCCGUGGGAAGUGCUCGCCUGCCUUCAGUAGGGGAAGAAUCUACACAUCCUUUGCUUGUGGCUGAGGAACAAGUACAUACCUAUGUCAACACUACAGGUGUGCAAGAAGAGCGGAAAAACCGCACAAGUGUGCAUGUUCCAUUGGAGGCGAGGGUUUCUAAUGCUGAAAGCAACACACCAAAAGAAGAACCAAGUAGUAUCGAGGACAGGGAUCCUCAGAUUCUUCUUGAACCUGAAGGAGUCAAAUUUGUUUUAGGGCCAACCCCUGUUCAAAAGCAAUUAAUGGAAAAAGAGAAACUGGAGCAACUUGGAAGAGAUCAAGUUAGUGGAAGUGGAGCAAAUAACACAGAAUGGGACACUGGCUAUGACAGUGAUGAACGAAGAGAUGCACCCUCUGUUAACAAACUGGUGUAUGAAAAUAUAAAUGGGCUGUCUAUCCCUAGUGCCUCAGGGGUCAGGAGAGGUCGUCUGACAUCCACCAGUACCUCAGAUACCCAGAAUAUCAACAACUCAGCUCAGAGAAGAACUGCAUUAUUAAACUAUGAAAAUCUACCAUCUUUGCCUCCUGUUUGGGAAGCCCGCAAGCUAAGUAGGGAUGAAGAUGACAAUGUAGGACCAAAGACCCCAUCUCUAAAUGGCUACCAUAAUAAUCUAGAUCCAAUGCAUAACUAUGUAAAUACAGAGAAUGUAACAGUGCCGGCAAGUGCUCACAAAAUAGAAUAUUCAAGGCGUCGGGACUGUACACCAACAGUCUUUAACUUUGACAUCAGACGCCCAAGUUUAGAACACAGGCAGCUUAAUUACAUACAGGUUGACUUGGAAGGUGGCAGUGACUCUGACAACCCUCAGACUCCAAAAACGCCUACAACUCCCCUUCCACAAACCCCUACCAGGCGCACAGAGCUGUAUGCCGUGAUAGACAUCGAGAGAACUGCUGCUAUGUCAAAUCUGCAGAAAGCACUGCCACGAGAUGAUGGUACAUCUAGGAAAACUAGACACAAUAGUACUGAUCUGCCCAUGUGAGCCUGGAAAGCAUUAUGUUGUUUGCACCUUUGUGAAGUUUUUAAAAAUGAAGAUGCAAGUGCUUCAUUUUCAUUUCUAAACACUAACUCCUUUUAUAGACUGAUAAAUUUUUUUCUGAAUAUUUCAUGUGCAUCUUUAACUAAAGGGAAUUAAUGUAGAGCAGGUACUCCUUAACACUAAUUUCAUUGUAUACUACUCGUUGUACAGCAGCAUUCUCGUUUUCACAGUGCCUAUUUAAAAUGAGAGUUGAAGUAAAUGACAUGCUGGUUGAUUUUUAUCAAUAUUCUGGACUUAAUGCAUAUCUUUUAUGUCUAAGUCAUGGUUGGCUUUUAAAACUUUUUAUAAAGCCUCUUGACAAUGUGCAUUGCUAACAGGUAACUAUAGGCUUUGAAAGUAAUGCUCGUAGAUUCAGUGUUCACAGUAUGUGGCCUCCAGCAUGUAACAUGAGGAAUCCUUUAUUUCAUUAAUUAAUGGCUUUUUGACUUGAGCCAAAACAUAUGUAAAGGAAACAGAAGUACCACACCUCCUCUUAUACCAGUCAGCUCCUUUGCCUUCAGUGUUACUAGAAAGCGGCCUGUGUCCAUGAGUAUGGUUUGCUGUUGGUGCACUGAAAGGCAGGAAGGAGACAAGAUUUUCUAUUUACUCAUCUCAUGAUGUCAUUUGAAGGGCAUGUCCAGAUAUAAUAGGCUCAAGAAUCAGUCUCAGGUCACUUUACCCAAAAACAUUUGAAAAUCUGAACCACAAUCUCUUGAAAGUUUUUCUCCUAUAGAUUUAUUGACAACACAUUGUUUUCUGGAGGCAUUUGUGCCAUUAAGUUUCCAUUUAUCUUCAGUUUUUUUCUUUGGUGUUUGGGAUGUCUUAUUUUGUUGCCUUAUGUGCUUUUCAAUUUAAAAUGUUUGAGUUUGUAUAUAGUUUUGAAAUUGGAUUAUGUGUUCAUUGUUGUUUAGUUUGCAUUUUUGUCAAAUUAUGGUUUUGAAGGUUCAUUUGGAACUUACUGUUAUUCUAUAACAGGGUUGCCCUUGUCCAGUAUUUAUUUAUAUGCUGUUUACUUUUCAAGUUGAUAAAAACAUUCUCUCAAUUCUAAAUUUACUUGUGUCCAUAGGUGAUCUCUUUAGCAAACUGAGAAAAAAAGGAAGAUACUUUUAACAUGCAAAGUUCCCUCAAGGUGUACCGUGUUUUCUCUGUGGGCACUCUUCCCCAGCACUUUAGCAGUAAUUCCCCCAGCUACACGCUGCAGUUGUACUCUGUCCACUCUAGUGUUCCUCAGCUCUGCUGUCCUUUUACUUGUAGCUGGAUCUUUGAUUAUCCUUUGAUUUCCAUGAAAUAUUAAUAUUGUUGCCAGCAUAGCAGGUACGGUGGAAGUCUUGUAGCAAUGAGAUUGUAUCAUAAUUUAGGAUUUAAAAUGAAUUAAAGUUUAUAUAAACUGAAGAGUCUCCAUAUGUCAAACUCUUGGAAAAUCAAAGAUGUUCCAAUUUCCUAAACACUAAGAAUACGAGAGAAGGUAGAGUGGAAAAGGUUAGGUAACCUUGCAAAAUAUUUUACUAUUUUCUCUAAAUAUGAGGAAGUUUGAGAUUAUGAUCUGGAUCUACCAGAUAUAACUAAGGUUAAUUUAGCGUGAAAAAGUUUUAGUCAUAUUAGCAUCCAACCUAUUCAGUAACCGAAUCAUAGGACAAUGAUGGAUUAGGAGAACAAUAGAGUGGGAUCAUUAUAAAGAAAAUAAAUUAUUAAAGGUGUCUUUAUCGUUUUCAGUGCCAUUUUUAGUGUCUUUAUUAUAAAUCAAUAUCAGUGUAUUUUAUCAUUCUAUGUGCAUAGCAGAAUUUUCUUUUCCCCCUUUUGUUUCCCUGUGAACUUGGUGCUUAUUAAAGUGUUCACUGUUCUCUUAAAAGAGAGCAGUGGUAUAGGUGUGCAGUUUCCGUGAUGCAGGUUCCAUUUUUAAUAUAUUGUUCCACUUAUCCUUUCUUCUGAAUAAAUUGCUAAUUGUGCCAAAUUUAUGUAAUAGUUUUUGUAAUGUGGAAUAAGAAUUAUGAUGGAACCAUUGCACAUAGUUUUUUCUGAAACAACCAGUCAAGGCAGAACAUUAAUCUCCAAAUGAAAGGGCUGAUCUAUUUAUUCAUUUUGGAGGUUAGAUACUUUAUUCUCUUUCCGUCAUCCUUUUCAUUGUUUCCCCCGGAUUCUAAUUAGUUUUUAUUUUUUUUAGAUAACUCCAAUAUAAUCAUUACAGUUUAUGCUUUAAAUACUAUGUGCUUUAAAAAGGAAAAUGGGACCAAUUUGUCUGCUAAGAAUUUGAUUUUAGGUACUAUAAGAGUAUUAGGAAGAUAUAUACAACUGGUGUUAAUUUCUAGAUAUUUUCUAGAAAUCACUUGUGUUCCUAUUUAAUAAAAGGUAAUUUAGAAUACUACUUGUCCUUUGCAGUAGUUUAGUAAUGGGCAUUAAGCUGUGUCCUGGAAGGAUGUACCUAUUACUAGGUGCAUUUUAGAAUGAAAUAUUAAUAUUUUAUUAGCGUAUAAUUGUGGCCAUAUAUCUCAGAUUUUCUGAGGCAGAUCUAAUUUUAGAUAAUUCUGUUGGUAGACCAUGUGAUCCUUCUUUUUGGUUUUGGAAAUAUAAUCAUUGUUAAUGUUUUCCCUCCAAAUAGAAUACUGUUUUAUCCAUACAAAUCAUAACAGCAUCUAUCCCAUGCCAGGGUUGGAAACUGAUACUGGUAUUACCUGUGUUUUUUCUUAGUGUGUUUUAUUUCCCAGUUUCAUCUUCUUUUAAAAAUGAAAAUAUGGUGCCUUCCCUCCCUCCAGGAAGACUGGCAAAUAGUUCCUUUUAUUUACUGCUGCUGUGGAGUGAUGAGAUAUGCACUUUACUCUUGAAGAUUCAGCAAAAAGCUUUUCACUUCCCAGUAUAUCCAGAAUACAUCAUAUCUGGGACUUAGGAAAAUUUGCCAAGCAAUCUUUGUUUUUAUAGAUACUAAUGUUGACCCUCUCCAGCGUUCAAUGUUAUAAAUAGAACAAGUCAAGCUAGUGUUUAUCUCCUCCCCCUCCCCAAAACUGUGGCACAGCAUAUAAAAAUGUACCUCAAUAAUGUUCUAUUAAAAAUGGGACAGGGGCCUUAUGUUUUCAUAAUUUCCCAACAAUGUGCCGCCAUAUUUUUGCCUCAAGGUAAAGGUUUUAACAGAUGAAAAAGUACUUCCCAAUUCCCCCUGUGCUAUUCCUAACCUAUAAUGCCCAAAUGUUUUGUGCAAUGUGUAGUGUGUGUGUAUAAAUACAUAUAUUCUUGAAAUAGACAUACCAUCAGAGACAUCAUUCACAAGUAACUGAUGUAUUGGCAUCUCAUUCAUAUUUCUGAUGUGUGAGGUAUAUGGUACUAAUUACCUUUUCCUUGAUGUUUGCCAAAUUUGAAUAAAGGCAUUGGUACGAAAUUACAGAAUGUAAAGAAAAUGUUUUUGGCUUGAAAAAUUAACAAAUAUUUUAUGACAUACCACAGUAUACUCUGCCCAAACCAGCACCCUAUCUAUCUUUCCUGUUCUUUACAUCCCUGUUCCCCAUCCCCCAUCCCUACUUCCUCAUUUUUUUGGGGUAUAACACAGUUCUUUUGUAGCAUCAUUAUAAUUGCAGUUCUAUGGCAAUUGGACAGUUAUAGCAUGGAAACAGACUGGUAUAAAUAGUACAGUAGUCACCAGUGUGCCACAUUUGCAUUAGUAAUGCAAAAUAUACAUUUUAUAAAGGACAAACUUCGUGUUAUGUUUUAUUUUCAUUACAUUGUAUAAUAUUGUAAGACUAUUGUAUGUCCUAAUUUGCAUUAUAAAUGUUUUUUUCCUACGUAAAGGCAUAAAUAUAGCAACUUUGUAUAAAGGUAGCUUAUUAGAUUUUUAAUUUUUUCUUUUAUAAAAAAUUGUCUAACAGUGGGACUACCAUUGCCAAAUUGUAUAUGAAAUAUGAAUUUUACCCCCAUGGUUAAUUUCUUUUAUAAACAUUCCAUAUUUCUCUAAUAAAAGACAAGUGAUACUGUACUAUGCAUAAAUUGUAUCUUAAUGCUGUUUCAGAUCAGCAUUUUAAAUUUUGGUGUGCAUUUUUAAUAUUGGCAAAACGUAACCACUGUUAAUUAAAAUAAAACCUUGUUGUAUAUGUAACAACAUAAUUUGCCCUCUAUCCCUUCCCACCCUUUGUUCUCUAUUUCUCCCUAUCAGUGCCAACUUCAUACAUUUUGUAGCAUGGCAAUAAAAUAUAACUUUUACACUGAGGCCGAGUGUGGCUUUUUGGAGGAAGUGGGGAUGGGAUGAUUGCCCUCUAGCUGUCCUUUGCAUAUGACUGUUUUUUGCCAUAUAAGCCAUGUCAUCAGGCAUGAAAAGUUCAUAUAUGAUGUAAACAUGCUUUUAAGGACAAGUGUGAAUGUGCUUUUUAAGCUUAAUUUUUGUCAUGACAAAUAACUGAUUUUUUUUUAUCUUUGGAGAAGUCAGUUCUUUACAAUCAAACGUUUAUUAACUGGAGUACUUAGAAUAAGCUAGUAAUUGAAUUUAGUUCAACAAGGGCUAAGCAACACAUUUUUAAAUCCUUAUUUAUUGUAGAGUAUUAGUAUACUGUCCUACAAAUUAUGUAAAAUAUGGUUUAAUAUUAGAUGACUUUGGAUUUUGCAAUGCCUUACUGUUGUCAUUCUAGCAUAAAUAUCCAUGAUGAGGUACUCAAGUUGAUACUGGAAGCUGAGCUGAUCAUACACUGACCUGAAGCAUUCAUGAAAAGCUGCUUUGUUGAAUAAAGUCUGAUUGGAGUUCUUUUCAUGCUCACUUUCCCCUUAUUGCUGAAAGUAGAUUGCAAUAAAACCCCAAUAAAACGUUUGGUUGGA